UUAAUGAUGGCCCUAUUGUCAAUGAAGUCCGCUGGACCAGUGGAUGUGCAUGCAUUUUGAAAAGGCCACGAACUUUAAAAUGACCUUGCUACGCCACUCAUACACGUAAACUCAGUUCUAUUGUUAAUAGGCCUUCUUUAUACUAAAUUAUAGUCGUGAAUAUGGAAUGUUUGGUGCAGUGACUAUGCGAGUUUUGUGUCGCAGUCACUGGGUUGACGUGCAACACGUACCUUGGACAGCUAACUGAUUACAAACAUGAAUUUCUCAGCAAGCACCGAUUACCAUGGUGACGGAAGAUACAUGCAGCAUGUCAACACAAUGCAACAUAUUCACAAGAUUACAUUUCGACCCGAGGAUGCCGUUCUAGACGUGGGAUGCGGUACGGGCGAAGAGACCAAAUCCAUAGCAGGGAAAGUCAAAAGCGUAACAGGUAUCGACAACUCGGAGGAGAUGCUAGCCCUGGCACGCACCAGGAACCCAGCACCCAACUUGACCUACCUUUACGGCGACGCUCGGGACUGCGGUGUUAACCCGGACUUGGUGGGACGGUUCGACAAGGCCGUCAGUUUCUUCGUUCUUCACUGGUUACCUGGCCCAGCUAUCGCCAGGGCGCUCAGAGGUAUCUUGGCCUGUCUCAAGCGGGGAGGGGAGGCGUUGUUCAUCCUCGCUAAUCGCACUCCCGUAACCGCUGACGCGGACCAGUUUCUCAAAAGUCAUCCUGAGUGGGGCAAGUACGUAAAGGAUUACAAAUCUUCAUAUAAUCCCUGGAACCAAACCGAGACAGGCAUGGAGAAACUGCUGACGGCGUGUGGUUGGACGAACGUGCAGUGCGAGCUGUAUCCUGUGACAACCUCUUUAAAUGAAAGGCGAACAAAACUGCUCUUUAAAACUGCCGCAUUGGGUCAAACUGCGCUGAUACCAGAGCGGGAGCAAGAGGCGUACCUGGAGGACAUGUGGCAGUGGGCGUUGUCUCGAUACCAAGACCCCGCCCAAGCUGGUCACGUGGUCUUCCCCAAGGAGAACGCGGUCGUACGCGCCGUUAAGCCGCAGGUUUAAUAGACCGAUCUACUAAUUGCAUGGGUUUCUUGUUGAACUUCACGCCCACCAGAUCGGAAGCUAGGCGUUUCAAAGAUGAUGGGGUAUUAGUAUCUCUCUUUUAAAAACAAAGCGAUUGUCAAAUCCUACAUAUAAGAAUUAACUAAUUAUUGUUCUGAGUCUUCCUCCUUAAUAUCUAAAAAAAAUGUAUCGUUCUUUUCCUUCAGGUUGGCAUCCUUACCCAUAUAUGUUUACAGCAAUAAGAUAUUCAUAGUAGUAUACCAAGCUUAGAUUCCAAGCUUUAAAAUGGUAUGGCGGUACGUGUUUCCGCGGCGACGCUAGAGCCUCGCAACAAAAUUGCUACGGGUAUUAUGGACGCGAUGUAGAGUACAGUUAGUAUCACGCUUUGCUCUUGUAAUCCUAUAUAAAUCAAUAUAUCUGUGAACUACCUCUGGAAAUUUGCCUCUUAUGUAAAUCAGUUUUCAAGUUGAAAAUAAAUGUUUAGUUGAAAUGAAUUGAAUUCACUCAGUA